ACAUUUCAUAUUGCUGCCGUCAUAUUUUUCCCAACUCUCUCCAUUUUGCCUUCGCUUGUCGUUCACAAGACUUCGAUAAACGUGCUACAGGGGUCCAAGACAACGAUGAGAGUGAUGAAUAUAUUUGAAUCUUCACCAUCCGUAUCAUCAGUCAACUCAGUUUAUCCGACGAGAACAGAACUUUGGAUUAUGGGAAAUUCUUCCAGUGUGUGGAGGCGACACCUAGAGGUUAUGAGAACCUAUUUAGAUAGACCACUGUGGGUGGAGAUAAAACACUGUAACCAGACUCAUAGCGACAUUGAUACACCCUUCGAGAUUAAGAUCAGGGAUACGAAGAACAGUGGAUGGAGGGAGUGCGACUUAAGAGAAGAAAAUAAAAUAAGAUUCAACGAUACAUUUGCAAUAGUUACGUCACCGGUUUUCCAAGGAACCACUUGUCUAACUCUGUACCUGAUGUCCCUGGAUUAUCACCAGGAUAAGCUAGAGCUGGAUAAGAAAAAUAUCAUCAUUAACAUUAAACCUCAUCGGGAAACUCAACAAUCAAGUUCUCCAGCUCCACGGAUAACUCCUUAUAAUACCAAAGAUAGGCCAAUAUAUUCUAACAUCUUUAAAGGCAUCCAAGCCUCAGAGCUUGCUGAAUUCUUCUAUGAAACCAAAAACUCUGAGAAGUUUGGUGUAGCAGUUCUGUCAGCAGCAGUCAGUUCACUAGGGAAGUGGGAGAUGAAAUUGCACGAGAAGUGGGAGAGCAUUGCCUCUAAAACAGGAGUAAGGGCAGAGUUUCCGAAGCUAAGCCUUCCAGGAGAAAUAGAUAUAUGUGACGAGAUGAAAAGAAACAAGGAUUUGAAAACCAUCCCGUUUCUUGUAGGGGUGCCACCUGAGUCCGAGGUGAGGUUUCGUAGCAACGUCGAAAUAACAGAGUUUCUAGUGUUCAUGUCUCGGAAGAAUAGUGGUUUGGUGUUCACAGCUUGGAGACCUCCAAAGGACCAGAACUCGACUCUUCUUACAGGAGUCGUUGCCUCAAAAUGCGAUCAGAUGUUUGGAGACAACACUUCAGUGAGUCAAUUCUUCAACAUCUUGUACCCUCUCGUUACUGACUCUUCUGGUCAAACCGUUCUCCUUGAACCCUUGACGAAGGACAUGUGUGGUGAACAUAACGACAGUUGUAACCAGUAUAAUUCAACUCUGCUUCAACCUAACGAUCCUCUUCUUCUGAACAAUGAUGACCUAACGACACGAAACUUUUCAGUUGAGAUCUAUGAAAGAAAUGUGACUGAAGUUCUGGUGAGAUGUGAUGGAACCACGAAUAGCUCUCUAUACAUCGACAGGUGUGGACAUUGCGUUGAAGGACUUAACAAAUCUGUAAGUCACGUUUGUGGAGAGUGUGGUGGCGCUAGUUGUCUGGGGUGUGAUGAGAAACCAAACAGUAGGUGGAGAUUAGAUAAUUGUGGUCAGUGUAAACCACCAGGGGAAGGUUGUCCGUUUUUCAUAUUGAAUAUCAACGUCAUUGAUAUCAGUGAGGAAUCCAGAUGCCGUGAUACCAAUUUGCAUGUAAGCAAUACCUAUCAAGUCACUUCGCUGAACUGUUCUCUACAGCUCGUGGAAGGUGUACAGGGAACGCCUCCCAUCCAUACGAGAACAAUGACGUCACCUGAUAAUUUAGAUUUCAUUUUGACUGAGUUCAUCAUAAUCUGGAGCUCCUCCCCUAAUACAACAGAGGGUGUGUACAAAAUGAGUUGUCUUGCUGUUCUGGAAGACAACUCGACUGUUCUUUUACAUAAUUCCGGCAUGAGUCCUGUAAGCGUUGUAAACCUCACAAAGUGGAAAGUCACUCCUAAAGGUCCAACAAGUUUCUUCGCUGGUGACAAAAAGAAGGUUCUGCUACAAGUAUUAGAAGACAGACCGGUUUUACCAAUCGCAUGUUUUGCAUCUCCUUCGACGGACACGUUUCCUGUCCACAAGAUAUCUGAGAAUGUCUAUCUUUGUGACCUGUCAGUUCUACAAAAGUGCACAACUAUUUUUAUUGGACUUGGUUUCAGUAAAAAUGUUGAGAAUACUUGCAACAAAUCAACAACAAUAACUGUUGAAAUCCGUGAGAGGGCGCCAAAAAUUAAACGUACCUACAUGAACGAGUACAUGCGUAAGGUGGUUGUGGAAACUGAUAAAGAACUAAAGUACUGGAGGCUGACUUGUAGGAAACUGUUCUCCAGUGACACAGUCUCAAAGUAUGAUCUACAAGAUGAGGACUGCAUGGUAAAACAGAAUGAGAUUCAUAUUUACAUCCCAGUUCAUGUCGACCUUCAUCCUCGUUCACUUCGGUUCACUUUUGGUGAAGAGAACAAGCUACAGGCUAUAUGUUCCUUUGAUUUAUCUGAUCAAAUGAAUGGAACUUUUACUGUGUCGAGAAAUCAGAUACCUCCGAAGUUUGAGCUUCUAGCUCCGGAUAGCUUCUGUUGCAACAUUGUAGACCUAAGGGUUGUAAACAUCAUGGGAGACGGAGGUGUAGGAUUUACCUUUACUUGGACUGUAACUAAAGGAUCCACUGGAACUGAUGAGUUGUUCCGACUGAAGGAAGACUUUCAUCUAUUUAAUAGAAGAUCCAUCAGAGUUCCGAUGAACUUGUUUCGACCAAACGAAACUUAUACUUUCACUGUCCGCGGAGCCUCUCAAACUGGACUGGAAUAUCUAAAGAACAAGACGGUGUGGAUGGAAAUGGUGAACCUAACAGCGACAAUUUAUGGCCCAGAAAAGGUGGAUUCUUUAAUAGACAACGUCUUUACAGCACAUAUUGACAUGAAUGACCAGUGGGCAGCAAACUGUCAAUCACUGAGU